AUGUUGAUUGCAUCCUCAGGAGAACUGAUGGGGCUGGCCAUGCCAGGGUGCGUAGGCUCUGCCCGGAUGCCAGCUGUCUUCCAAAUCCACCAGCAUUUCCCAGCCUCUUUCUCUCCCCCUGCUCUGCUGGCUUUGUUUCUCUGCCUUGUGUUUUACCCUUUCCCCGGUAGCUUUUAGAGCCCUGACACAGACUUCCUGUGAGUCAGCACAGCAGACAUUUGGAGGAGAAUAACUGAUGGGCAGAGCCACAGUGUGUUUGGGUGACAAAAAGCGAGAGGUCUGGACUCUGCAUUAGUUGCCAAGUUACCUCUGACCGAAAAAUCCUCAUCUGGCUAAUUCUUAGAGAACAAAAGCAGAUGAAAGCCCAACAGUUUCAAAUAAGGAGAAGCAUCCGGAGGAGUGGACUAAAAACGGGAGCCCUCUCAGGAAACAAAAUGGGGAAGGAGAAGUGGGAGUAUGCCGAGGCGAGGUAGAAAUCUUCAUGAGUCAGGAUAAAGCCAAGAAAGUAAAACCCAGCCGGAAACAGAUGCGACACACCCAUUCCCUGCGAAUGAAGCUUCCAUAACAGCCCAGCGGCCUGGUCCGCCAGGGAGCAGAGCAGCGGUACAAUGGAAAUCCUUAAACUAGAUGCACCAGAGAGACUGGGGCCAUGUACCGAAUACGGGGAAAGCACUGCUCAGAUGGUAGAUCUGGCAGCCCACCGGAGAGCCCAGCAUGGCAAGCGUGAUGGAGAUGAGAAAAGUACCACCCAGCCGGGAGAGAGAGCACGUGAGUCUGCCAAAUGUGGGAAAGGCUUUGUUAAGAAGGGGAAUCUCACAGCCCAUCGGAGGAGAUGGAGCCCUGAGGAAGCCAGUGGGUGUGAGGGAAAUCCAACAGCAACAGGAGAUCUCACAGCCCAUCAGAGACCUCUCAGGAGACAAGGCUCACAGGAACCCAACGGGUGUGAGGGAAAUCUGACAGGAGAUCUCGUAAGACACAAGACAAGCACCACAAAAGCAGAACCAUCCCCUGGCCCGGAAGUUGAGGAAAGCCACCAGGGAGCGCUCUGCGCCCCAAGGGGAGGCCUGAGGAGGAAGCGGACUCACACGUGCUCUGAAUGCGGGAAGAAGUUCAGCAAGAAAGGUAACCUCACCAAGCAUCAGCGCACCCACCGGGACGAGCGGCCGUUCAAGUGCAGCCAGUGCCAGAAGAGCUUCUUUGUGAGGUCCCAGCUCUCCCAGCAUGAGAGGAUCCACACGGGGGAGCGGCCGUACAAGUGCGCCGAGUGCGGCAAGCGCUUCACCCAGAAAUCCAACAUCAUCAUCCACCAGAGGAUCCACACGGGGGAGCGGCCCUUUAAAUGCGCUGACUGCGGGAAGAGCUUCAUCGACAAGUCGCAGCUCAUCACGCACCGCCGGACCCACACGGGGGAGCGGCCCUUCGCAUGCAGCGAGUGCGGGAAGGGGUUCCGGCAGAAGAUCACCCUGAUCACGCACCAGAGAAUCCACACCAGGGAGGAGCCCUACACCUGUCCUCAGUGCAGCAAGAGCUUCAGCCAGAAGGCCAACCUCAUGAGACACCAGCUGAUCCACACGCGGGAGGGGCCGUACAUAUGCACCGAGUGCGGGGAGAGCUACAGUGCCAUCAGGCACCUGAAGAGGCACCAGUUGAGCCACGCCGGGGAAAGGCCCCACGUGUGCACCAAAUGCGGGAAGAACUUCACCCGCAAAUCAAGCCUCAACAGGCACCAAGAGAUCCACGCCAACGACAGGCCAUAUGCAGUGGUGGCAGCAGAAAACCUCACCGUGGUCUAUGAGAUAAUGCAGGUCCCACUCUACCGUGACAUUGACCUGAAAGCGGCUCCUGGCUCCCCAGCCAGACUGCUGCGGGAUCUCUGCUCCAAGCUGGGCUGCCACCCAGGCUCCCGGCUGGGGCUACUGCCCGCAGUUCCCUGCUCCCCGCUGGGAGUCCUGCAGCUCCCUGGGGUCCUGGUUCCCUGCUCCCCGCCGGGAGCAAAGCAGCCAGCCAGACUCCAGGUACACAUCUCCCCCUGGAGGCAAGAAGCCUGGGAGCAUGGAGGUGAGAAGCCCCAGGCGGCAGCUGGGCUCCCCGUGCGGAGCUGCAUGGAGCUGAGCGCUCCAGGCCAAGAAAAUUGGAGGACAUGGCAAGAAAGACCCCAGAUGAUCGAUCUUGUGCAUGAGCUUCCUGCCAGCUCAGCCCUGGGAAACCGGACGAUGGAGAAGCUGACGGUUAUUAAGGUGGAAGUGGAAGAUCUCCUCAAGCACCCCCGGGAGAAGAUGUACACUUGCACGAUCUGCGGGGACAGCUUUAAUCACAAGAGCGUCCUAGCCACGCACCAGAAGACCCACAAGGAGGAGAUGCUGGUGGAGCACCAUGAGCAGGAGGGAAGUGCCAUCACAGCAGGAAAGCCAACAAGCCAGCAAGCCAGCGGAAGGGCAGAGGAUGCCAGCCAGGAAGGCGUGACCCAGCAGGGAGAUCUCUUGGCGCAGAAGGAAUCCCUGCAGAAAGCAAAGCCCUACUCUUGCACCGACUGUGAGAAGAGCUUCAAGAUGAAGGUGGACCUCACCAAGCACCUCAGGACCCACACAGGGGAGAGGCCUUUCCCGUGCAUGGAGUGUGGGAAGAGGUUCAUCACCAAGUCGCAGCUGAAGGAGCACCAGAGGAUCCAUACCGGGGAGCGACCUUACCAGUGCUCCGAGUGCGGGAAAUGCUUCACGCAGAAGUCACAGCUCAUUGUUCACCGGAGGAUCCACACUGGCGAGAAGCCCUACAAGUGCAGCAGCUGCCAGAAGAGCUUUGUGGACAAGUCGCAGCUGGUCGCCCACCACCGUAUCCACACAGGUGACCGCCCCUUCAAGUGCGGGUUGUGCGCCAGGGGUUUCCGCCAGAAGAUCACCCUCAUUAAACACCAGAGGGUCCACACCGGGGAGGGGGGGCGACGGCAUGGCGGGCCCUAUACUGGCAACGCCUCACAGCUCAUCGUUCCCGAGUCGACGCCGGACGGGGAGAAGAUAUUCCGAUGCGGCACGUGUGGAAAGGAGUUCAAGAAGAAGUCGAUCCUGGUGACCCACCAGAGGAUCCACACCGGGGAGGAACCCUACCAUUGCGCCGAGUGCGGGAAGCGCUUCCGGCAGAAGAUCCACCUGAUCCGCCAUCAGAGGACCCACGCCAGGGGGGAGGCCCAUGUGUGUGUUGAGUGCGGGGAUGGCUUCAGCAGCAAGGGGCAGCUGCUGAGGCACCAGCGGUGCCAGCACCAGAGCGAGAGACCCCACACGUGUCCCGAGUGUGGGAGAAGCUUUAGCCAGAAAGUAGGCCUCAUGGCGCACCAGAGAGUCCAUGAGAGGGAGAAGGGAGAUGGGAGCGUGGCCGCCACCGAGGGGAGCGCUGGUGAGGCGGCAGACGGGAGGCUGCCUGCCAAAAACGGCAAAGGCAGCAGCCAUCCGGGGGACCUGAUGGUGCCUCGUAAGAGCCAGGUCUAUACCUGCACCCAGUGUGGCAAGACAUUCACCAAGAAAGGGAACUUUGCCAACCACCAGCGAGCCCACACGGAGGAACGGGCGCACCGCUGUGGCGUCUGCGGCAAGAAGUUCACCAAGAGGGGGGAGCUGACCAAGCACGAGCGGAUCCACACGGGCGAGAGGCCGUACGUCUGCGGCGACUGCGGCAAGCGCUUCACCCAGCGCACCCAGCUGGUCACCCACCAGCGCAUCCACACCGGCGAGAAGCCCUACCCCUGCGCUGACUGCGGCAAGCGCUUCAUCGACAAGUCCCGGCUGACUGUGCACCGGCGUAUCCACACCGGCGACCGGCCCUUCCAGUGCACUGCCUGCGGCAAGGGCUUCCGCCAGAAGAUCGCCCUCAUCAAGCACCACCGAGUCCACGAGAGGGGCCGUCUGGAUGGGGAGGUCUCAGGGGGGAAGGAGCACGAAUGCCCCCAGUGCGGGAAAGGCUUUGGCACCAAGGAGAACCUAGCCAGCCACCAGCGGCUCCACGCCACCGAGAGGCCCUUCAAGUGCGGCGAGUGUGGGAAGAGCUUCACACAGAAAGCCCAGCUGGUGGUGCACCAGCGCAUCCACACCGGGGAGCGCCCCUUCCGCUGCACCGACUGCCACAAGGGCUUCAUCGACAAGUCCCGGCUCAUCGUCCACCGCCGGAUCCACACCGGCGAGCGGCCCUUCAAGUGCACGGCCUGCGGGAGGGCCUUCACCCAGAAAAUCGCCCUGACCACCCACCAGCGAGUCCACAUGAGGGAGCACGAGGCCACCCGGGAGCCCAACAAAUACUCCAAGCAUGGGGAGAAUGACUCGGGCAAGGCCCAGCCAGGCGAGGAGUGGCCCUUCCCCUGCAACGUGUGCGGCCGGGGCUUCCGCAAGGAGAUAGCCCUCAUCACCCACCAGCGGGUCCACACCAAGUACGAACCCAACAGGUGCAGCAAGUGUGGCCAGGUCUUCCCUGACAAGGCCCAGCUGCUCCUGCAUCAGCCCUCCCACGCGGAGGACCGGCCCUUUAAAUGCAACACCUGCGGAAAAGAUUUCAAGCGGAAAGAGAUCCUGAUCACCCACCAGAGAAUCCACACGGGAGAGGUGCCUUUCAAAUGCACCGAGUGCGGGAAAAGCUUCUCCCAGAAGGCCAACCUCAUGAAACACCAGCUCACCCACACCCGGAGGGGCCCCUUCAUCUGCUCUGAGUGUGGGCAGAGCUACACCACCUUAGGGCAUUUUAAAAGGCACCAGAGGAACCAUCUGAGAAAGCGAGCCCCUUCUGGGGAGGGGAAAGACUUGGCAGGGGAGCAGGACACAGAUGAGCUCCUGGAGACGGGUGUGCACAACGGGCCCAUUAUCGUGGUAAAGACGGAAGUCAAUACAGAUGAUUAUGAGGUCCUGCAGGUCCCAUGAAACCUCCCUCAGCAGGGAGUGGUGCGUGUGUAAAGGGAUCCUCCAGAGGCAAUGCAGGAGUAAGGGCCCUGGUGCUGCCAACCCGUAGCGUUCAAUGAAUCCCAGAUCAAGCUGCCCUCUCCAGUCAUGAGAGUGGCUAAAAUGUCAUGAGAUUUGAGAAAAAAAUAAUACAUGUGGGGUUCUUUUUAUGAGCCUUUGGGGGUCACGUUUUCAAGGUUUUCUCUGCAACCACAUGGGCUAGAAACUUACUUUUUCAGUGAAAUCUGUGAUUUUGGAUGUCUUCACGUGACUCCUGGAGCUGAGGCUUUAAGGAAAAAACACCAAAUAUCCCAAGAGUUGGCAACACUGACUCUUCCAUAGAUCGGUAUCCAGCACUCAGCAGCACCAAAUAUCAAUAUUAAGCUGACCUGGGUUGCAGGUGGUCUGGGAGAACAUCAGCGAUUCACUGCAGUGUAAAACGUCACCAGUCAUCAUUCCAUACGACAGUAAGAGAGGCAGAUAUCAUCACAGGGCUCUACAUGGAUGGACUGGUGGGCCGAUGCAGAGCCCCGUUGAAGUCAAUAGGCUCCCCAUGGGAUGCAGACAUCCACUUGUGUGGAAGGGUUACCUGGAUCAGGGCCAAUGUACCUAGAAAGAGAGCACCUACUUGAAGAGGAGAUAGGUCCAGAUCCUCAAAGGUAUUUAGGUGCCUAAUUCCCAUUGGCAUCCACAGGGAGUUAGAUGCCUAAAUACCUUUGAGGAUCUGGGCCAUAGUGUUUACUUCAAAGUCUGAUCUUUGUUGAUGAUCACGCUUUAAAAUACGCUCACAGACGGUUUUAUUUCGCUAUGCGAUCACCAGUUUUAUUGUUUCAAUACAGGACAUUCACUGCAAAAGCACCGUUCUGGUUGAGGAUCGAAACACACAGGUUGCCUGAUUCACGGCUACGUUAUUCCAGUUUAAAUCUGCCGAUUCCAGUGGUGUAAAACUGGAGGAACGGAGCGGGAAAUCAGGCCCAAGCUAGUUCCGGUUUUGCUGUAAGCUCCUCAGCUGCCGCACAUUGGCAGAACUCAGCUGAAGUCACUGGACGUACCCCAACUUGCAUCAGCUGAGAAGCAGGUCCGUGAUUCCCACAAGAUGCAUUUUCUCCCAUGCUCUUGUAUCUAUAUAGUCCAGCAGUUCGGUGUCCAGGAGCUCAGAGUAUGACAUGUAUACAAGGGGAUGACAUUAGGAAGAAACUGUAACUUUGGGAUAGUUAGGAUAGUAACUUUGACUAUCCUCUCUGAUUUGCAUUUAAAUUCUUAACCAUAGCAUUGCCCUGGCCUAAGGCCCUUCCCCCUCUGUAGAAAAUCCAUAUGAGAGGGAAACAUGGGCCAUGAUCCUGAGAACCUGUAACUCCCAUGACUUCCCAACAGUCUAAUCCAGGAGGACUUGUGUCCCAAGCCUGCCAGUCCCAGGACAUUUGCAGGGCAGGGUUGUCUACCUCUUCUCCUUCACUCCUUGCUUGCUGGCUGUAAAUCUCGCUAAGGCCUUAUACGGCUAUGGGUUCCCAGCUCCCCUGGGUUAAAGCUGCUGGGAUUGCUAUGUAAAGUGGCUCUCUCGUGACUCCGCCCUGUGCAACCCCAUGAAAAGCCACUGAACCCCAGUCACAUGGAGGCUUGGGGAUGAAGAGAGCAAUGGCAGCUGUAGGGGCAGCCAAGCACUGCAGCUCCAUCCAUCCCAUCUGGCCCUGGGCGGCCGGGAGGAUGGCAGGGCUCAGCCGUGGUUUGGAAUAAACGUCGGAACCAUUUCAUCAAUACCUGCCGCCUUCUGCUCUCUCUCCCCUUCCCCAGCAGUCAGGCUUUGCAUUACAGACAGGAUCUUGGUUCCUCCAGGGUACGUCUCCACUGCGUCAGGGAGCGAGCCGCCCAGCCCGGGGAGACAGCCUUGUGUUAGCAGGGCUCACGCUAGCAUGCUACAAAAUAGUUGUGUGGACAUGAUGGCGUCAGCAGAUGUUCAGGCGAAGCACGCGGUCUGAGACCCACCCUACCUAGCCUGAGCCUCCACCCGGGGCCGCAACAUCCACUCUGCUAUGUUUGAGUGUGCCAGCCCAAGUCCCGCUAGCAGGAGUCUGGCUCCCCAGACUCCUUGCUGCAGCGGAGACAUGCCCGAAGAGUUCACGGAUCCCUCCUGGGACCUGCUUUCUGAAGUCAGCAUGCUCCAUUUGCGACAACAGAGAAGCAUGGGAGUUAGAGGUGGAAAAGCCUCAUUCGGACAUUUCCCUUACAAUGCAGGAUUCCCUACCUUGUCCCAACUUUUGUCUAGGGUGACCAGAUGUCCCAAUUUUAUAGGGACAGUCCCAAUUUUGGGGUCUUUUUCUUAUAUAGGCUCCUAUUACGCCCCACCCCCGUCCCGAUUUUUCACAUUUGCUGUCUGGUCACCCUACUUUUGUCCAGUCCAGUUAUUAAAUGUCCCAAAGGAAAACGGCUGCCCCGAUUUCCCUGGGGAGACCGUUCCACAGCCUAAUUGCUAUUGAGAAAGUUCCCCUUAUAUUCAUUUUAAAUGCCCCCUUUCUUAGAUUCCUUCCAUUGCCCUGCAUAUCACACCAAGAAUGAGGCCCAGUGUUUUACUGCACAGGGUCUGCCGAAAUCCAGGUCUGGAUCAUGCAAUAUGGAAGUGCAUCGCUGCUUGCAGGGAGUGCCAAGAGGAGCAGCAUUAACUAAACAAUGAUGGAGGUUUUAAUAAGUCUGUGACUGUCUGAAUGCUGUGGACACCAAAGAGGUGCAUAACUUUUAGCACAUAGAUACGCCCAUCGACUUCAACAGGACUAUUUGUAUGCUUCAAGUUCAGCACGUUUAAUAAUUUCCUCUCCCUCUUCGGUGUGCACAGCAUUCAGAUAGUCAUAGACUUCUUGUGCCCUCCGUCAUUAUUUAUCUCAUACUGCUCUUCUCUGAGUUCCCCCCACUCAGCAAUCCAUUCCCAUAUUGCAGAAUCCAAACCAGGAUUUAGGCAGACCCCGUGGGGUAAAACAGCAGUACAAAUUGGGGUCCAGAGCUGACCAAAAAAAAAUUGCAAAACUUUAACUCUUUCAUUUUGCUUUUUUUUCAAAACUGACUAAUUUUCUCGGUUUUGGAAAUUUCCUCCAACCUUUUUAUUUAAAUUAACCUUUUUCCCUCUCCUCCCCCCCGCCAAAAAUAAUUUUUAGAAAGUGGAAGUAGAAAAUGUUUGGUUUCGGAAAAACUUCACUGUAAUUAACCCAAGCAAUCAAAAUUGGUGCCAGAACACGUAAAGGGUAAACAAAAACGAAUACAUGGAAAAAAAUCAUUGAAAAAAAAAAAAGAACAAUGUUGAAAAAUCAAGCUGUUUACCAAUAUUUGGGGGGGGCGGUCCCUAAAAGGUAAUUUUUUUUUGGUCCAGCAUAUUCUUUGUUCCACACUUUUUGGCCAGCUCAACUGUGUUUCUCAGUCUGCGAGCUAGAGCGCAACACCGACCUCAGUAAACAAUCCCACGUUAACUACACCUGAGUCCUAGCUCCUGAGCUACACGGCACUUCGAAUAAGUUAUCCAGCAAAUGCAACCCUUUAUUCGAUGUCUCAUUUUCAAACUGAUCCUGUUUUCUGACACUCAGUCAGCAACUUGCAAGUAUGCCCCAAUUUGUAUGAACAAAUGUAAGUCAUGGUGAGUUUGGGAACUCUCCAUUUGGUGAUGUGUGACUGGUCACCUGAAUCAUACGGCAUUGUUUCUAUCACCGACUGGAUGACUAGCUUCUCAAACAGGAGAACAACAAAUGAAAUAGCCUAUGUUGUUUGCAGGCAAAUACAACUAUGCAAAUAAGGCCUAGAAAUUCCUCAAACAUCCAUGCCAACAAAAACCCAUGCAAAACUUCAAGAAUAACCAAUAAUACCAUGGCCCAGCCCCAAACUCUUUGGAAGCUGACUGGACAUUCAUUAACUCUGUUUUGGCAAUUGUCAAGUCAGCUCUCCAGAAAAGUGUGACUUCAGAGGGGGAUCUGGUAAUGUGAGCAGAUGAGUUUUUGAGAGAACAAAAGAUCCUGUUUUCUUGCAAAUACUCCUAGCAAUAAACAUAAAAUAGAACAGAAAUUUUCAAACUGAUGCCUGCAGUAGUCAAAUGCUCACAGUUUUCUAUGUGACAUCUGGGCUCUGUCAAGCCACAUUGGCCAGUGCAUCCUGGAAAUGAGAGAACAGUAGGAAAGCAUUUGAGAGUGAGAGGGAACACAGUAGAAAUGGGUUGGGACGGUAUCCAGAGAAGGAGUUUUCAUAAACAGGCCAGCAAAACAAAAAAUGUACCACUCCUGCUGAAUAGCAUCAGAACAGAGCAACCUUUCAGCUUCAACUGGACUCCCCAGACACUGAGGAGAGAUGAACUGGAACGGUUCAAAACAAACACCACUUUGUAUCAGUUGCUUUUCUUGAUCUGUUUAAAAGGACAGCAGUACCUUAAGGUGCCUUGACUCAUAACAGCGGCCCACUUGUAUCUCACAGGUUCGCCUUUCCAAUCAUGGUUUGUAGUAAGGACCAUCCGACAGUUUUGCACAAGGAAUAUAGCUUUCUAUUUAUACAUAACCACCAGUCCGAAGUGAAGCCAGAGCUUGAGGAAGAAGUGGAAUGGGGAGUCAGCACUGCAAGAGGCAAGGAUCUGUUUGCUUUGCAGUGUGCUGUGACCUACUCUGUAUCUACCGUCCCAUUUUGAUCCCUAGAUGUCACUAGAGGUAGCUAGACCUCUUGAAAAAGAAGAGAAGACCGUUGAGAUUGGGAGAUGUUUUGCAGAGAAGGGAGGUUUGUGAAAAGGCCAGUACAGUCCACACAGAUGGGGAUUUCAAUUUCCCAGAUAUAUUUUUACACUCUCUUUUUAUUUAUUAUAAUACAGAAUGUAUUACUGCAGAAUAUUAAUGAACUCGCAAGACCUAUGGACCUCACCUGUUAUCCACGUUGGGAACAUGUGUGUUCUCUCAGCAAUCUAACAUACAAUGCAUUGAUCUUCUUUGCCAGUUUUCUUCACUGGGCUUCUUUUAUUUUGAAAUUAAUUUAAUUCUCUCCAUUUAUUAUUGUUUUUAAUUCAAUCCUUUCUGGCACAUGCUGUGUUGUAUGCAAUAUGAUCCUUAGGCUUAUCCACCUCCUUAGCUGAAAUUUUUAC